AUCCUCGGUUAUUUGAAACGAACAACACAUCAGAAAAUAGAUACGACGACCAUGAUUGCAAGCUUGUUGGCCUAGAAUUGAAUACUUGCAACUUACAUUAGUAUUAUAGCGUGUUUUGUGCGACGACAAAUCCGCGUGCGUUUGAACUCGAUCUUCUAUGAUGCCGAAGUCACGGUCAAGAGGAAAAGAGAAUUUUCAGUUCUUGAAGCAAUUUCUUGAGGAUUCCUCCGCCAGCGAUUUGGAGCUCGAUAGAGAGAAAAACAUCGCUGAAACAUCCACGAAGCGUAAUGGUAGUUCUCAAAGUGAAAGUGUGAAAAAAGGAAAAGAUAGUGCAUUCCCAGUUGGAACAUACCCGGUGUUGUUCAAGAAGACAUGUAGAAGUAAGAGCUGUCAAACAAGGUUGUCAUCAUUUCCUCUUUUUCCAUUACCAGAGGAAACAGUGUGGAUUAGUGACGAAGAAAGAGAAACGAAGAAGAAACCUCUGAUUUCUAGGAAGAAGAAAAAACAAACCAGAUCUGCCCCCAGGGAUGCAAACAAAGAUACUAUAAAACAAGAGGAUGAAACUCAGAAACUCGACAGCAAAGUGAAAAAUCCUGAUGGGACUAGAAAAAGCUUCAGAUCAGAGCACCAACUUAAAGAAACUGAUAACCCUGUUAUAAAGACCUGGCUUCAUAAAAAAGCCAUUGUGGCUCGCAAGCAAAAAAAGUUGGAACGACAGGAAAAACGUGCAAAAAGGGCUGCUCUACAAGAGGAGGCCCGUAUUCAAGCUGAAAGGGCUUUUGAAUCCAUUGAAAGGGUUGGGUUAUGGCUAAGAAAGAAACGCAAACAGGCAAAACUUGAAUGGAGGAAAAGUCACACCAGGGUCACACCUCAACAAGGGGAUGGCAGUUUACACUCAAGUGAAUCUACUUCACUACUACCCCCUUAGUAUAGGGUUGUGAGGAGUUUUAAGUGCCAAGCAGGGGAGGUGUCUGAAGAUAAAAGAGAAUCAGUGCCUAAAUCAAUGUUAAUGACUAAAGAACCUUUCUCAGCAUCCCCUGCUGAAGAUCAAAAUUAUAGUAAAAAAAAAGUACUUCUUGAUAUGAAAAGUGAAUCAAGUAAGGAAGGAAAUGCUGCCAAUCUUGUAAAGCAGCGUGCAAAAACUGCUAUGGAUCACACAAAACAAAUGUCCCUUUCUCAUCCUAAAACAGCCACAAAAAGACCAAAAACAGCAAAGGAAAGGCCCACCAAGAAUGCUGACACCAAGGCAAAAGCAACUAACGCUGCAUCCAGUCAUGACUCGCUGAAAAAAAUGCAGGCAUUAAGUUAUGAUGAAUGGUUGAAACUGAAACGAAAUGGUGACAAGGAAAAAAUGAUAAAAAAGAAACGUGACUUGAUAGAUUCUCAUUUAGAAGCUGUUAUCAAAGAACUUGGAAAGAAAAGGGUAGAAAAAAUUAUGUCUCCAAGAAAACAUGUCGAUACAGGUUUGAAAAAAUUUUCCUGUUCCCCUCAGCAGCUUCCUCAAUCAGAUAACUCAAAGCUCAACAAAGCCAACCCAUACCGAUGGGUUUUGAGUAGACAACCCCGCCCUGAGCCACAGGGGUGUGACUUUCCAGAAACCCAUGGUGCUGACAAUGCUACAAGUGCAUCUGGUAAACACAGUGUAGAGAGUAAUAAUGAUACUAGUGGUGUAGAACAGCAUCAAAUUUGUCAAGAAGUGAAUGACACAUAUGAUGAACUUAAGCCUUCAAUAGAGAAGGUUAAGGGCAUUCUUGAUUCAGAGAUAAAGAAGCUCAAAGAAUCUGGAAAAGGUCUGGAUAAGCCCAUAGAUUCACCAGUUUCAUCUUCUACAACACCAGACGAGUCCACCACUGAGGAACUGAGACUAUCACAGCCUAUGUCUGCUAGGCCUUUUUAUGCAAGACCAACAACAGCCCCACCUCUUACCACAAAACCUGGCAGCACCCACCUGACAAAGGAGCAGAAAAAAAAGAUUGCAGCAGAUCUUGAUGUACUUGGAAUUUGUGGUAGUGAAUCAUCAGAAAAAGAUGAAAUUGAAAAAGAUGAAAUUGAAAUAGAAACUGUUAUUGAUGUUGAGAAAGAUACAAAAUCCACUGUAAGAGAGAACUAUUUUGACUAUGGAAGUGAUAUUGACCCUCCCACAAUCCAACCACCAGAAUUUGUCCAAUAGCUACUGAAAACCAAUGUAAUAUCAUGGAAUCAAGAUGAAUAAGAAUCCUCCCCUGUUGUCAGCUUCACUUCCAAUUGGUAUAAGGGAAGCAAAAGCUUUGGUAACACCUCACAUAUCUUUGGAUUGUCUAUACACAGAACAAUACAACAGGAAUGUUGCCUAAGGCCAACCAGGCAUUUGCAAAGACAAGGGAAUAAUAGGGACCUUAAGAAACCACGAUGGCGACGGCAAUGAGGACAUGGAAAAACAAGAGAUCUAAUUGGCAGA